ACCAUUAUAUGCCAGACAUUGAGACUCAAUUCAAAUCAAUUGAUUGUUUUGGUUGAGUCUAACACUCACUCACUCAGUGACUCACUCUCUCUCUCUCUCUCUAUCUGUGACUCACAUACAGUGUUGUAGUGAAUGUGUGAAUACAUUGUAUGUAUUGAAUGUAUUGUACGACUCAUUUGAAUCAGUCAUUCAUUUAUUGCAUUGAAUUUUGAUUUGUAAUCAAAAUAUAAAUAAUAAUAAAAACAAAACAAACGUUUCACUCAUCAUAUCAUAUGAUUACACACAAUGUCUUCAUUUAUCUAAUGAUCUGAUUUACCAUUGUUUUGAUGACAAACAACAAUAACAACAAGUAUUGACAGCAAAUUACUUAGUUUUUUAUUUCAACACUCAGACAUGAAGAGCGAGUCAUUGGUUGACAAUCAGAGUGUGGAUCCGACGGACGAUACCUCGACCACCACCUCAUCCGAUGCUAUGUGUCAAAUGAAUGGCAGCUCACUAACAGCACAAUCAUCACUUGAAUCUGAUCCAAAUACAAGUCAAACAAUUCCAACAAAAAGUUGGACAUUAGAGACAACAGGCAGUGAAAGUCAGAUAAUGCCAACCAAUGGUUCGGUAUCUGUUGAACAACAAACACAAACGGAUCUCAUAGACGACUGUUUACAACAAGUGAAUGGCAGCCCAAACAUCGGUUCAAACACACAAUCAUUUCUUCAAAAUAACAAUACAACCAAUAAUUCAAAUAACACUUCAUUUACAACUAGUUUACUAAAUAAUUCAAAUUUAGUCAAUAAUAAUAGUAUUAAAAGCAAUUGUAUUACAAAUACAAUAACAAGUAAUAAUAAUACUAAUAAUCAAAGCGUCAGCACAUCGACGACAACUAUUGCCACCAAUUCUGUAGCUAAUAAUGGCAUUGAUUUACCAAAGAAUGUGACGGCAGUUGCGGCGGCCAUCAAUCAGUCGACAAUAUCUACAAACAAUCCUAAUAUAAAUCAACCGAAACGUCUUCACGUCUCGAAUAUUCCCUUCCGAUUCAGAGAUCCAGACUUAAGACAACUUUUUGGGCAAUUUGGACCCAUUUUGGACGUUGAGAUAAUUUUCAACGAAAGAGGAUCUAAGGGCUUUGGUUUUGUGACAUUUGCUGCGUGCGCUGAUGCGGACAGAGCUCGGGAACAAUUGAAUGGAACGGUAGUUGAGGGCCGAAAGAUUGAGGUCAAUAAUGCCACCGCUAGAGUUCAGACCAAAAAACCAACGCCUACUGCCAUCAUUACUAACGUGGCCGCCUUGAGGGGCGUAGCGAUACAAAGGGGCACUCGGGUCGCACGGGCCCAGACACUGGCCGCAGCGGCAGCAUUUGCAAGACACCCACAACCACUAACUACCGCAGCCGCUGCCACAACCUUGCAUGGUUAUGCUGCCACCCCCCUCAUUGCCAGGAGUGCCGUAUAUCAGGACCCGUUCCUAACAUAUGCUGCUGCAGCUGCUGCAGGCUCUGAACGUUAUCAAUUGCCGGCAAGUUAUGCGGCCAGUGCUGCCUACACAGCGGCAGCUGCCCGACAAUAUGCGGCAGCGGCCGCUGCUGCACAGGCCAACCCUGCCGUCGCGUACGCUGGUGUUGCCGGUUAUGGCCGUGAAUUUGCUGAACCAUAUUUAGGACACAGUAUUGGACCGGUGGCUGGAUAUGGGGUUGCCUAUCGAAGUGCUGCAUACAAUAGAUUCACACCCUAUUGAAUGGUCAAUAAUUGUAUGGUUUUUUCAGACAAUAUUGUUUGUAACGAAAAAUCUCAUAAAUCAACUAAUAUUUCACAAAAGAUAUACUUUAUGUGAAGAUAACAGAAGAAAACAAAUAUAAUACUCGUUUUUUGUUGUAUAGAAUUGAUACACAAAUUAAUGCAACUAUUAUUAUCUAAAACCAAAUAUCUAAUCCAAACAUUCAUUUUUCUCCUCUAAAACUUGCAUUACGUCUCUAUUUUGUUUAAAAGUAAAACAUCAGAUUUAAUGCUAUUUAUACUUUCAUCAAACGAUGAUUUUAAUAAUAACUACACUUAUACUACAUAUAAAGCUAUAUUGCUUUGUUUGUUCUCUUUUCCCUUAAAAUGUUGAAUCACAACAUUAAUUCAUAUCAUAGCGUAGCUACUAAUCAAUAAUUUCAAUAACACUUUAUCUCAUUUUACAUUAAUUUUUUGUUAAUUUUAAUUUAUAUAAUAUCUUUAUUAUUUGAAAUUAUAUUUUAAACUAAUUUAUUGCAGCUCAUAAUAAUCUCACCUCAUUUUAAGACAAAAUCUCAUCAUUUUAUUGUAACUUUUAUUAUUGAUAUUUUUGUUUUUUUUUAAUUUUAGUUAGUUUUAACUGCUAGUCAACCCAAUUAUUAACUUAAUUGUUUAUUUAUAAACACUUAACACAAAAUGGUAAUUAUUGAAUUGUUAAUAAAAUUUAAAAGACCAAAAUACUCGAGUUUAGGCAUCAAAGACAAAGCAUUUAAGUCUAAAUUUUUGUGUCAAUUUGGUGUUGAAUUACAAUUAUAUACUCUGAAAGCAAUAGAUUCUGGCCUAAUGUUACCCAUAUCUCAUCUUUUAUAACAAACAGAUCUCUUUAUUUAAAUCUUGUUUGUGUCGAUAAAAAUAUAAAUAUGUAUAAUAUUUUAAACCUAAUAUUUUUUAAA